GAACUACAAAGCCAAAAAAAUCAGAGACUUGAGACUAGGCAAAAAGCCACGAGAAAACCUCACCGAACAAAACUCACGAAGACCCUUGCCUGCCGCCGGGUUAUCGCCUCCGCCAUAGCCGUGUUCAUUUCCGCUCAAAAGCUCUAAACUUGUGCCCAAAUGGAGGAUCCAGCAAAAAGAAAGGAGCGUUUACGAGCAAUGCAGACAGAAGCUGCUCAGAUCAAUGCUUCUGCAGAAACUUCGAUGAACCCUAGUCAGCUCUCGAAUCCAUUCGCUGAGACAUCUGGACCACUGCCGAGCCAGGAGGAAUCAUACCAGACUCAAAGGUUCGAUUAUUACACGGACCCUCUGUCUGCUUUUUCUAGUAACAAGCGGAACAAGACUCACCAACGAAUUGAGCAACAUUACUCAUCAUCUCCGGUAUCUCAGUUUCCGCCGUCUAUUCCAGGACCAGUGGGAAAUACUUACCAGCCACACAACAGCCAUGGCGGUUUUCAAGCAGAAGGUCAGUAUCAUAGCGGUAGUCCGCAUAUAGACCCGAGAGGAAUGACCAAUCCAUCGUUUGUAUAUCGCGGGACUCCGCAGGAAAGCUGGAAUAAUUUUCGACAUCCAGCCCCCAAUUUCCGUCCCUUCCAUAGCCCUCAUCCGGUGCCAGGCACGUUCCUGAACCAUCAAGCAAUUCCUGAUCCCGCGAACAGAUUUGGCGGCCAAGGAAACUACAAUCGGCCCCCAAUCCCAGGUUAUGCUCGACCGUUUUCCAAUUAUGGGCGACAAAACUCUAACUGGGCAGGAAGAAUGGGUUCCGGUUCAGGAAGAGGAAGAGGGGAUGGUGGGCGUAAUAUGAACUCGAGCUUCGGUAGAAAUGGAGGAAGGGGGCAGAAAUAUGACGAUGGAGGUUACCGAGCACAAGGGCCUGAACGUUUUUACGAUAAAUCCAUGUCGGAAGAUCCAUGGAAAAAUCUAGAGCCAGUCUUGUGGAAGAGUUGCCCAUUUUCUUGUACCAGUAGCUCAACAGGUCAAGCAUGGCUUCCCAUGUCCAUUGUACGGAAGAAACCUACAGUUGCGGAAACUUCCUCAAACAAAUCGAGCAGUGCUCAUCAGAGCCUCGCGGAGUACCUCGCUGCCUCCUUAGACGAAGCUACCCGCGAUGACGCAAGCCAAUGAUCGGGAAAGUCGCCUCGAGAUCACAACGAGCAAAUUCUCUAAGGUCGUCGGCACUGGUCAGAUAUUCGAGAUUUUCGGAUUACCUGAAUAUUUGCGACACGAGAUAUUAGCCGAUUUCAAAUCCAUCUAGACAUUUUCGGUCCCAAGUUAAUUUUCGGAUUUGUGAUGUAUUUGAUUUGGGAAAUUUUCUGAUAUUUCAAAAGAAUUUAAUAGGUUUGUACAUGAUAUCCGAAUUUUAGAAGUAAAAACUUUAUUUUACAGUUUAA